AUGGCUGCGUCCUCUGUGCUCGCACUGCUGCUUCUCGCCUCUGUAUCGCCACGGGGCGGUUCAUGCUGUCGCACGGAACACUUCCCGAUACCGAGCCAGUGCGGCUCGGAAGGCGGGAUUCCGCUCGGCAGCGCCCACUCGCUGCCCUGGAUGGUCACGGUACGUGCGGAGGCCAUGACCGACGUCCAGAAUCCGGAGGACCUGCUGCCUUGCCCCGGCGUGUUCCCGUCCGCCGCCAGGGACGACGGCUCGCCAGAUCGACAGCCCCGAAAGGGCCCGGACUCCUUCUUCGGCCACUUGGCCCGAGUGGCCGUCACCCACAGGAUGACUUCGACGUGCGCAGGCGCCCUCGUCACCGCAAGGCACGUCCUAACGGCGGCGCACUGCCUAUUCGCAUCACGCUACAAGCCGACGUACCGCGUCUUCCUGCGCAAUGGCAGCUCGGCCGGAAAGCACGCCCGUUCCUACGCGAGCGUGCCGGUGUCGGCAGCGCUGUGCCAUCCGGGAUGUCGAUUCCACGGCACCACCCGGGCCAUCAACGACCUUGCUGUGCUCGUGCUCGCCGAACCGCUGGACAUUCAGGGUUCCGGUGGCGUCGGCCCCCUGUGCCUGCCCUGGCCUGACGUCCCCGUGCAAGGCUCGGUGCUGUGGAUGGCGCGUCACGAAGGCCGCACAAAGCUGGGCUCAGCCAGCGGAGGCGCUGGCCGCCUGCCCUCCGUCCUGACCAGGGAGUCUGUGCAGCUCGUCAACUGCUCGCUCCUCCCUCAGGUGUCGCACGACACGGACGGGGAUUUCUCGAGCGAGCUGUGCGCCGUGGGCAUCGGCGGCCUGCGCGAGGUCGUGGACCCCGGCACCGCGCUCAUGGUAGACACCGUCCAGGGCUGGGUGCUCGUCGGCUUGCUCUCGUGGCUGGACGACACCCGCGCAGUCUCCAGUGUCGCUGUCUUCACCGACGUGCGAGCCCUCAUGGCGUGGCUGCUGGAGACGCUCUUCAAGACGUUUUGA